AUGCACCCACAACUUUCUCAGGCUGACAAACGCAUUGUUUGCAAAGAGUUCAUCCAGGCACUAGAGAAUUGUCACGGCGACAGCUGGGCAAAGUGGACGGGUGGGUGCAACCAAAUUAAACUCGAUCUGAAUAUGUGUCUCAGGAAGGAGCGUGUCGAGCGCACUUCCAAGAACCGAGAGGGCGCCAAAGUACGGCGGCAGAAGACCGAGCAAGUCUGGAAAGAGCUUCACGACGAGGAAUAA